ACCAAAACCGGUACAUUUUCCGUAGAGGCGAGAAGUGCCAAGACAAGAAAAUUGUGUGUUUUAAUUGUUUUUCUUUCUAACAGAUUGGAUUUUCUCUCAGUGCACUAAUUAACCAAUUUAACAACAAGACAAACAAGGAGAUUUCCAUUCUGAGAAAAUGCUGACAUCGAAGAGAAAAGCAAUUUUGUUUGAAUUUAUUGUGGAGCUGCUCGUAAAAGGAAUUAUAGGCUACAAAUAUCCGGACAACUACAUUAAGAAGAGCCUCGUGAAGAGUAUCUUCGGGGGGUACCUGGCUAAACACUGCGUCACUGAACUCUUUCAGUCCUUACACCUUUCAGCAAUUCUCGUGGAAUGUCGGCUAAUCCUUCCGCUGGAGAAUUCACCCAGAGAUGAUGCAACGAUUUAUAAAUUUUCCAACGAACGCCUCAAGGAUUUGAUUAGAAAAUUCUCCAAAGUGGGGAAAUUCUAUUCACUCAAGGGGCUGAUUAAUCCAGAACCGAGUGAGCUGUAUGUUCAUCACUGUGUGACUUUCAGCGCGUUCGCCUUUUCUGCGGGGUCAGAAGAGCGUCGAAAUUGUCGCUGUAUAAUUUGUGAGAAAUCCUUCAAGACACCUCGAGAGUACGAGGAUCACAUGAGAUUCCACGCGAAGAGCAAUGCUCCAAAGGAUGCCAAAAUACUGUCUCAAUCUUUCAAAGUCUCAAUAAUUGAGAUCACACUGAAAGACAUCAUGCUUGAGAUUACAAAUACGCUCGACGUGUACCAGAGUAUCCAGAAGAUUGAAUUGAUCUCCCCUUCCUACGAGAACAUUAAGAUUUCCCAGAAAUUCUCAACAAUCGGGCUAGAUGGGAACAAGAGGGUUGUCUACCAAAUCCCGAGGAAUCUCUUUCAGGACAUCUUUGAGGUGAUUGGAAUGUGGAAGAUUGUCUUUAAAUUUUCCAACAGGAACAUUGGAAGUGGGACGGAAAUUUAUGAUCUUGUGACGUACGAGAGGAAUGAAUAUUUAAAGAAAAUACAGCGUGAAGAAAAAGGGAAAUUCCAUGCUGAGCUGAAGCUGUACAAGACUCUCCAGCAUUAUCCAACAUUUGAAAUGGAGGCGCUGUUUAAGAAGGAUUUUGCACCGUCGAUUGAGAGCAAUUUGCAAGAAAGGACUCUCCACAGGAAGCUGGAGGACUACAUGAAUGCCGAAGCAACAGGAAGACUCCAUCAGAGCAACUAUGUCGAAGUAAUGAGUCACUCACUGCAAAUUGAGGAACUCACCGUGAGCAAGGAAGUGGAGAAGUACAAUAAGAAUGACCAGAGGCUACAAUACAGAAGCCACGGAUGCUACACUCUCAACAUUGAGAAGGUUUCCGAAAUGCGCCCAUCAAUCCUGCCAAAUGAUCGAAUCUGUCUCAUUAAUCAAUAUGAAUACAAUCGCCUGGUGGCUCCCAAUGAAACAGCCAAAAAGAUCUUUGGGAGAAUCGUGCGGAUUGAGAAUGAUUGUAUUGUGGUGCGUGUAAGGGGGCGGAUCAGCCCCAAUGAUAGAUUUCACGUGAGCUUCGAGCCGAACAGGAACAAUUUUCGCAUUGAAGCUCAUGCGCUGCAUCUUCUGAAGAAUUCCCCGAAAUUGCAGAAGAUCCUUUUUCCUCUCGAACCACCGAUACCAAAGAAUACUCCACCAGCUAAAGAGCCAAUUUGGUUCAAUAAGUGUGUGGCGAAUAAUGAGGAACAGAAGUGGGCUAUAAUGCACAUUGUCGCAGGAACAGCAUACCCAUGCCCCUACAUAAUCUUCGGUCCACCCGGAACGGGGAAGACCCUCACAGUUGUCGAAGCAGUCUGUCAGCUGUGGAAGCAACAGCCAAACUCUCACGUGCUGGUAACAGCUCAAUCCAAUGCAGCUUGCGAUGAGAUCACCACACGCCUGCUGCGCUACCUACCAAACACCGGCAUUCUCAGGAUGUUUUCCAAAGUCAAAGAGAGGGAAAUUCCAACGAUGGAUCCAGAACUGGUUAAAGUGGCAAAUAUGAGGGAAGAUGGAUUGUUUUAUCCCUCCCUGAAGAUGAUUUAUCAAUUCAGAAUCGUGGUGUGUACCAUCAGCAUGGCUGGAAAAUUGGUGCAAGCUCGCAUUAAUACAAAACACUUUAGCCACGUUUUUAUCGAUGAAAGUGGAUGCUGCACUGAAUCCCAGACAAUUGUCCCCAUCAUUGGGAUCGUGGCGAAUGAGCAUAACAUUCAUGGACAGAUCAUUCUUGCGGGUGAUCACAAACAAUUGGGACCCGUUCUGACGUCCUCCAUGGCCAAACGGCGUGGCUACAGCAUCUCCAUGAUGGAACGCCUCAUCCAGUGCUCAGCAUAUGAGCGGAAGACUGCAACGUCAAAGUAUAAUGUGAAUCUCGCUUCAAAGCUACUGCACAACUACCGAUCAUGCCCACCGAUUCUCGAUGUAUCCAACAUUAUGUUCUACGACAAUCAACUCAUUGCCAAUGCACAAAACAAUUGGGCGCUAAAUUGGAAGUUUCUGCCAAAUAAGAAGAUCCCAAUUGCCUUUGAUCCAAUUAUGGGGAACUGUGAGCAGGAUUCCGAUUCACCGAGUUUCUACAAUAGCAUUGAGAUUGAUGCUGUGAUGGGAAUUCUCACGGAGAUCCUCACAAAUGGCGUCAAUUCGCGCAAGAUCACCGAGAGUGAGGUGGGCAUCAUUGCACCGUACAAGAAGCAAAUGACAAAAAUUCGUGAUAUGUGCACAGCACGUGGCUGGGAGGGUAUUGAUGUGGCAUCAGUGGAGCUGUUUCAGGGAAGGGAGAAGGAGGUGAUUAUUUUGACAACGGUACGAUCGCAGAAACGAUCCCUUGGAUUCCUCAGUGAUCCGAAAAGGCUCAAUGUGGCCCUGACUCGGGCAAAGGGUCUCCUUAUCAUUGUGGGGAAUCCCGAAACGCUCAGUUAUGACAAAAAUUGGAAAUUCGUUAUUGAUCUCUACGGGACGUACGGGUUGAUCUCAUCGGUUUCGAAGAACAUCCAGUUUUCAAGGAAUUUCGAUACAUCCCUCACAUCGAUGAUUAAUCAUUUUAAACGUAUUUCAUUGUAAAAAUCAACCAAGAAGAUCGAAUUAUUAAGAAUUUUCCAAUUAAAAUUACAUUUUCAAAUGAAUAAA